AUUUAUACAUUUUCUUGUCAAUAUCGGUUCACUGAGACUGCCAGAGAGCUCACCAGACAACCAAUUGAGGGAGCAAUCCCUCUUUUCUUGGAUGCACUCAAUCAGGGUACUAAUGAUCUUUCAACCUUAUCUGCAAUAUAUUGCCAGUUGGGAAAUGCUUACUAUUCAACCAACGAUAUGCAGAAGGCAUUUUCCUAUCAUUGUUAUGAUAUGAUGAUAGCGAAGUUAGCUUACAGAUUGAUGAAUGAUGAUGUAGGCGAAGCCAAGGCUUGUGGAAAUAUAGGCAAUGUUUUAAAAAUGCAAAAUUCCUUUCUCGAUGCAAUAGUGUUCACGAAACGUCAGCUAGAGCUUGCUGAACAGCUAAACGAUAAGGUGAUUUUCUUAUCCUUCUUUGACUUGAAGUGCAUGGCUCGUGCCCUCUAUAACCUUGGUACCAUUUACCAUGCCAGAGCGAAGCUAGCGGGGAAAAAUACCUCUGUAUGUGAGAAACUUGCUUUUUUAGAUCGAACAUCGAAGUUAGAAGACCAUCUUAACACUGGUCGGAUAUACGGCUGUAUGGGAAAUGUGUUGCAUUUACUUGGCGACUACAAAGGAGCCAUAGACUCUCAUACGAAGUGCGUUUUCUUCUUUUCAACAAAUUCUGUGGAGAAAAAUAAUAAAGGACGAGAAGCUCAAUGUUGUUUCUAUUUGGCCAGUGCCUCAUCAUUGAAGCCAGAUUACUCAAGGGCUGCCGGAUUCUAUCUGCGGCAUCUUUCCUUGGCACGAAGUUUGAAGGACUAUGCUGGCGUUGCAAGAGCGUAUACAUCUUUGGCAGCGGUUUACACAAAUAUGACAGAGUAUUCGAAAGCAGCCUACUUUCUUGCAUGUCAUCGUGCGCUCGGUAAAGAGGUAGAAAAAGUUUUAUUACCAUAUAGAAUAGAGAAAUUCGAUGGUCAUAAAAGUGAAGUUCGUGUAUGGUGUAAAAAACAUUCUUUUUUUAAAUUUCUACUUAUCUGUGAUAUCAAACAACGUUUACAGAAGCGACGUAGUUGUUCAAUAUUGGGGCAUCUCGUGUUUUAA